GUGCGUCGCUAGAAAAACACAGACACGCCCCCAUCAUGUUAUUGGCGCGUGUCGGGGCUGAAGGAAAAUUAAGCAGAUUCCGUUAGGCAGAUGUAUUAAAAUCACGCGUGAAAUAUUGAUUAUGGAAACAAUAUUGUUGUAAGUGCAUGCUACAAUCAUUACUUUUUUCUUAAAGUAAUCAUUCAUGACGCUAAACAGACGCAUAAUCCUGUUGCUAUAGCUACAGCUCAUUUACACAUAUAAUUUACGUUUAAAACAUAAGUUAGCUCACGUAACCCCCGUAAAAAUGAUGAAAAGCGUUGGAAAGCUUUUUGGGUUAAGGCGAAAAUGCGCGCCCCCCAAGUCUCGCAUUGACAAGAAGAAGACGCGCGUGAACCCCAUUGAUCGUAUGCUGGAAGACAGCGACGAGGGUUCGUACGCCAGCACGACCAGCGUCAGUUCAGAGAGCGAGUGCCAGACAUCUGACGAUGAAUCCCGCAGCUCUGACAGCUCGUACAGACCCCGCGGGAGCGACAGCAGCAGCGAAACGGACGAGAAAUGCGCGGUGUCCCGAAAACAGAGGAAAAGGGUCGCCAGCGCGACGGCUUUGGACGACGACGACUCCAGCGAUUCCUCCAGUGACGUCGGCGGAGAGCCGCUCAGGAGAGUGCUGCAGAGGAAACGUCUCCGACUGCCGGAGGAUUCAGAGGACGAGGCUCUGAGGGAGAAGAAGAGAGAUGCGGAGGUGAAACAAGCUGCGGCCAAGAGGAGAGAGAGGAAGAAUAAACUCAUGGAGCUGUCAAAGAGGAGAAAGUCGGGCACCACGCGUCGCAGGCGCAGAACGUUGGGUUCAGAUGAUGAAGAUGAGGAGGAGGAGGAGAAAGUGGAGGUUAAACCAGAAGAGCAGAGUAAAGCAGAUGAUUCUGGGGAUGAAUCUAGUGUUGAGGAGAACGGCAGUCCUCUAAACAGCAGCGAUGAGGAAAAACUGGCUGACAGUGACAGUCUGAAGGAUUUUAUUGUGGAGGAAGAUGAAAAGAAGAAGGAUGAAAAACAGGAGGAAGAUGAGGAGGAGGGAAAAGAUAUGGAUUUUCUCUCUCACCUUCCACGCCAGUUUAUCACGGGAUCUCAGAAAACCCACUUUCAGGUGGUGGUCAAAGCCUUGCUGAUCAAUGUACUGGACCCAACCUUCCUCAAGUCACUUCAUGGUGGCGAGCGAACAAAACGGUAUGCUCAGGAGAUGAAGUCAUCAUUGCACCAUUUCGAUGAGCGACUGGUUCUCCCUCGCCUAGAAAAUCUGAAACAGAGGAGCCGCUGGAAAGAGCGUUAUAAAGAACGUGUCGAAUGUUAUCCCAAACUGCGAGUUAUGGAGACGAGGGUCCAUUCGAAGGGAUGUGAAGCUUGCGAGCUCCACAGAACAGGCCGCUUCACCGUGCGACUUUCUGGGCAGUUGUAUCACAACACCACCCUGCAGGAAGACCAAUUUAUGCCUGACGACGCACAGAGUUUCUUCGUUGGCUCUGUCUGUGCCAGUCGAACUGAGGUCUACCAUGCGUUGAAGCACUUUAAGUACCAUCUCUUUGAGAGGUGUCGCACAGCUUUAGAAGCUCAAAAGGAAGUAGGAGAUAAAGAUGGAGAGGAAGGCGAAGAUGAACCAGUUAAAGACACCGUCAACAAGGUGUUCACUAAAUUGCAAGAGGGAGGGUGGAUCAAUGAGCAAUAUGAAAAGUUUCAGGAACACCUCAACUCUGCUGAUUUCUUCCAGGAAGAAAAGCUGGAUUGAAAUCUUUUCAUCUUUUGUAUUCUGUAAAUAAAAUGAAGCAUGAUUAAUUUUCUCAA